AUGUGUCAAUUACAAUCGAACCAUCGGUGCCAGAAUCUUGUUGUUUUUUCAAUUCCCUACAGUCUCACCACAACGGAGGGUGAACUCGCUAAACUACGUCAGCAACUUCGAAGAAACCACCGACGCGAGGAAGCUGAGGAACUUGCGAUAACUUCACGACCACAAACACUCCAGGCUUAUCUCGAGGCCUGCCAUUCGUUCAGUCUCGCCAUCCAGGUCGUUACCGACCGCUCCCUAACUACGCAAGGCCACACGAUCAACCCAACCGGUCGGGUCUUUCCUCGACGCAUUAUCCUGUGGGAUGACUUCGCAACAGCACAAGAUGAGGUCUGGGCCCAUUUCUUGGACCAGCAAUUCUCUUCCCAGCCCCUCUUCCCAUCCCAACAUCGACUCGACUAUGUGAUGUCCCUGGUCGCCUCUAAACAGCGGAAUCGGGCUCUGGAAUUACGAACGCGAUAUUGUCGAAAAAGCGGUGCAGAAACUCGUCGAGGAGGCGUACGAUAACCUCCGACUGCGAACCGAUCUUGGCCUACAGGGAACUGUGACGUUCGAGAGCCAUACGAACCUUGGCGAGAACUGAAUUCUAAAAGAGCGACAUCUGAAUCAAGAAGACAGGGAAGGGACAUGGAUUAGCAAGCAAGAACCUGGUCGUGUGGUUGGGAAGGCUCUUUCCCCUAAACCCAGAACCGGCUGCUAAGAAGAGGUGGAAGUGUAUUAUACGGAGAUUGUGAAUACUGUAGUUGCGAACAAGAGCCAAAUCGACAUCUUGCUGAGGGCAAAUAGUAUAGCCACUAAGAAACUUGGUGUGUGGCUCGGAACACUGGCUCGAGCAAGACCCUUGAUGAGUGGCUAGGAAGACCUUGCCCUCAUAGCCAGAAGCAACUGUUAACACGUGGUUGUGAUGUAGCCAAUUGUCAAUUCCGAGCGUCGACGUUCUGAUUU